AUGAUCAAUGCUGGGGUGGACAAUGAGGAGUCUCUCUAUCCUCCGGGUUUCACUCCGACAAAUGCACAGGCAUGUCUGCAAGGUGUACCAAUUAUCAAAACUCAGCAAAAUCAGGCCAUUAUUGAUUCACUGUUUCCAAGAAAGUUGGUUGGGGCAACAUCUAAAUGGUACAACCAAUUGAGCCGUACCCAGAUCAAUUCAUGGAAAGAUCUACUACAAGCUUUUAUGAAACAGUAUAGUCAUGUGACGGUUAUGACUCUUGAUAGGAUUACUUUACAGAGCAUGGAAAAGAAACCGAAUGAGAGUUUUCGACAAUACGCACAAAGGUGGAGGAAAGUUGCCAUGCAAGUUCAGCCACCUCUCAUAGAAAAAGAGACUACUAUGCUUUUCAUCAAUACUCUGAAAGCCUCGUUCAUUAACCAUAUGUUGGGAAGCAUUACUCUGAGCUUUUCAGAUAUGAUAAUGCCUGGUGAAUUGAUUGAAAACGUAAUAAGGAGCAGGAAGAUAGAUGCGGGAGAAAGCGCCAAAAGGUCAACCCAAAAGAGAAAUAAAAAUGAAGUGAACAUUGUGAGCAUGCCUUCCAAAUUGGUCAAUGUAGGCCAGCCGAGGGUUGUAACCACUAGCUAUCUAUCCGAAUGA